AUGAAAUAUUGUAACCAAGUCAUCUAUCUAUCUAUCUAUCUGUCGCUACGACAUCUCGAUAUUUUACAAUCUGGUAUCUAUCUAUAUAUCUAUCUAUCUAUCUAUCUAUCUAUCUAUCUAUCACAUUACAAUCUAUCUCAAACAUAUCCCGAUAUCUUACAAUCUUCCAUCUAUCUAUCUAUCCUUACUAUAUCGCACAAUCUUUUCAUCUAUGUUUAUAUAUUUCUUUACUAUAACAUCUCAGUCUAUCUAUCCUUAGAUAAUAAUACAGCCUAUCCUAUCUAUCUAUCUAUCUAUCUAUCUAUCUAUCUAUCUAUCUAUCUAUCUAUCUAUCCCAUCCCCCUGUUCUAUAUCUAUCUAUCUAUCUAUGUCAAUACAUAUAACAGAAAAAACGAUAUGUUUCCAUCCAGAAUCUAUCUAUCUAUCUAUCUAUCUAUAUGUUUCCAUCCAGAAUCUAUCUAUCUAUCUAUCUAUCUAUCUAUCUAUCUAUACUUCUAUCUAUCUAUCUAUCUAUCUAUCUAUCUAUCUGCGGCGGUCUUUUUCAUAUCUUUUCAUAUUAUCUAUCUAUUCCACCCUGUUCUAUAUCUAUCUAUCUAUCUAUCUAUCUAUCUAUCUAUCUAUCUAUCUAUCUACCUAUCUAUCUAUCUAUCUAUUCCGCCCUGUUCUAUAUCUAUCUAUCUAUCUAUUCCACCCUUUCUAUUCUAUAUCUAUCUAUCUAUCUAUCUUUCCUAUCUAUCUAUUAUUAGUCUAUAA